AUGAAUAAUUCUGAGACCUAUAUCUGCAUUAAACAGUUUAAUGCUAGAUUAGGUGAUGAGUUGACUUUAAAAAUUGGGGAUAAAAUUCAAGUAUUAGCUGAUGAUCAUGAAUAUAACGAUGGUUGGUUUAUGGGCAAGAAUAUGUUAACUGGUGAAGUUGGCUUAUAUCCCAAAUCAUUUACUGAACUUUUGACAAGAAACACUGAGGAUAAAACUUUAUUACGUUCAAGAUCAAGAAGAGUAAUGACACCCAAACAAAAUGAAAUUUUGAAUGAUACUCAAAAUAUUUCUACAAAUUCAACUGUUCAAUCAAAAUCAAAUAAUGCACCAUCAAUAUCAAGUAAUUUAAAUCCAAAUAUAAAUAAUAAUUCCAAUUCUAAUGAUUCAACUAGUCAUAUCAACAAUGAAAUAGAUAAAGCGUUAGAAGAAAUUCAAGGUAACAACAACUCCAAUAACAAUAACAAUAACAACAACUAUAAACAAUCAAAUGUUACAGCAAAUAAUAAUUACAAUAAACAACAUAUAAGAACUACAUCUGCACAAUCUUUAACUGAUGAUUUAAAUCCAUUACAAGCUAAUAAUUGGACUCCAAAACAAGUAUCAUCAUAUUUUCAUUUAGUAUUAGGUUAUGACAAGGAAAUUGCAAGUAAAUUUUCAAAACAUAGAAUUUCUGGUCCAAUAUUAUUUGAAUUAGAUUUGGGAUACCUAAAAGAAUUAGAAAUUGAUUCAUUUGGAACAAGAUUUGAAAUUAAUAAAGAAAUUGAAAAAUUAAAACAAAUGAAUUUAAGAUCUCAAAAAUUGAAACAACAAUCAAGAACAAAUUCACAAUCAACUGGAUCAACUUCCAACAAAAUUGAUACUACAUCAUCUACUGUAAAUUCUUCACCUACUGAAUUAACAACUUUUCAAGAGAAUGAACAUGAUAAAGAAUCGAAUCAUCAACAACAACAAAACAUUUUACAUAGUGUUAGAUCUAAUCAAAAUGAGUUAAUGCCAUCAGCUGUUAUUGGAAAUAAUACUGGUGCAUCUUUAAAGCAUCAAAGAAAAAGAUCUCAAUCCAUGGACAAUUUAUCUCAGCAUUUUGAUUCAUCUUUUAUCUCACCAAGAAAACCACCACAACCUCCUUUGGGAGAAAGUCCUAUGGAUACUAAUUAUAAAUUUGGAUCUGGUAGUCAAGCUCUUAGUAAUGAAGAACCAAUUCAAGGACUAUAUGUAACAAGAACAAAUGCAUCAAAUCAUGGUGUAGGUAAUUCAAGACCAGCAUCUUCAGUUUAUGAUCAAGCAUCAAAUCACAACAGACAAAUUUCACAAACUUCAAAUUAUCGUCAACACCAUAAAAAGACAUCAUCAACAGCAAACCAUAAAAGACAUUCGUCAUUAUUUUCAUUCCUUUCUGGUAAUGAAGAUGAUUCAAACAAACCAAAAUAUCAGAGUAAAAAUAUACAAAAAGAUGAUUACCGUAAUGAAAAUGAAAAAUUAAUAAGUCCUGCACAAAUCAAAAGAGAUAACAAUAUUACAACAUCAGUUGGAGGAACUCCAAAAAGAAAAUCUCAAUUAUAUGAUUAUUCAAAUUCGCCAGUUGAUAUUGAUGAUGCAAAUAUGUCACCCAAAAAACUGAAUUCAAUGAAAUCAAAAUCAAUUGAUGCAUUAAAAGAUGAUAGAAGAGUUGCAAGUGAACCACAAUCAAAUUUAACAAAUUCUCGUCCACAAGCAUCGAGAUUGAAAAGUUUUAGAACUGUAUCAACUCAAAAUUUCCGGAAUAUGACAGGAUCGAAAAAACUGAAAACAUCAGCAUUCACUGAAGGUAUAAGAGAAGUUACACCGGAUGAAGCUAUUAAAACUGCAAAUCAUAGUGGAUAUAUGUCAAAACGAUCAAGUAAUACAUUAGGUUGGAGACAAAGAUAUUUUACAUUACAUGGUACAAGAUUAUCUUAUUUUACCUCAUUAAAAGAUAAAAGAGAAAAAGGUUUAAUUGAUAUUACUGCUCACAAGGUUAUACCCAUUAAUAGUGAAGCUGAUGAUUUAGAUAAAGCAGAUAAAUAUGCUGCAAUGUAUGCAUCAACAACAUUAGCUGGAAGUUUUUGUUUUAAAAUUGUACCUCCAGCUCCAGGUUUUAAAAAAGGUUUAACUUUCACUCAACCCAAAACCCAUUAUUUUGCAGUUGAAUCUGAAGAAGAUAUGAGAGGCUGGAUUAAAGCUUUAAUGACAGCGACUAUUGAUAUUGAUGAUUCUGUACCAGUUGUAAGUAGUUGUUCAACACCAACUGUAUCAUUAAGUAAAGCUCAAGAAAUGUUGGCAAAAACAAGAGAAGAAAAUAAAUUAAAAGAUGAAGAAUUGAGAGCAAAAGGGUAUAUAAGAGGUGAUGAAGAUUUUUCAAAUGAUACAUCCUUUCAGUCUUCAAUGUAUUCCACAUCAACUUUAGCAGGUAGUCAUGGUGGUGAAAAACAUACAUUACCAAAAUUAACAAUCAACACUCAAAAUAACAGACACAGUAAUUUAGAAGCGCCACCAUUAACUCCAAACUUACAAACAAAAUCAUCAAAUGCUGGUCCUUCAAGUGGUGGCUUUGCAUCACCGUAUCUUUUAGCUUCAGGAUAUUUAUCACCAAAAUCAGGUACUACUUCAUCACCUAAUGAAACUCCAACCACAACAAAUUCAGGAUAUUUUGGAGAUCCGCAUCAAACAUUAGGAAAUUUCAAACCACCAUCACGUCAAAAUUCUCAGAAUCACACUAAUGUUAAUACUACUUCGGCAAGCACACCAAACGUAAAUAAUCCAUAUACUACAAUCAAUACCAAUAGAUUUAGUAGUAAUAUUUCAUCAACACCUUAUUCAACAGCAUCAUCAAAUAAUUCACAACUGAAUGUGAUAAACCCGGUGACUCAUAUAAAUGGAAAUGGUGAUGCCUCAAGUCCAAAAGAUAUUUCAAACAAUACUACCUCAUCAAUAAAUUCAACUCCAUCGUCAAAUAAUAAAGCUAUAUUUGCAAAUUCAACAGGGAAAUUAUUGAGUGGUGUGCGAAAAAAAGAAAAAAUGAUGGCUUUUAGUUCAGAUGGAUCUGGUAAUCAUACAUUUGUUAUAAAAUCAAAAAAAUAA